CUUCGCAAGGAACUCGCAGUAAGAAAAAACACGAAGAGAAAACGUCCCACUGUGUCACCAAGCAAUUGCCUAGUCUCUUCGUUUAGCAUUGAAUCCGGCUGCGAUUUAACUGUUAAGAGCGAGGUUUAAUUAAAAAAAACACCUUUGGAGGUGACAAUGUAGAGAAGAAGCUUGCGAACUCAGGCUUCUGACAAGAGUGGGUCGAGAAGCGUGACAAGAGGGUGAGGAGACAGGAGAGAUAUAGUGGGGAAUAUAGAGAAACAAGACAGAUGUGGAUUUUUCCCUCCACAUUUAGAAUCAACAUCACGCGUUUAGAUUUACGUGUCUGCUCUACAAUUCCACUUGAUAAGCCACUUCGUUGAGCUGCUAUCAUUUGUGAUAGCCAGGUUGCUCUUGAAAAAGAGUUACACAGCUCAGUGGGGCCUUAACCCGGUGAAAUAAAAAAAUAUAGUUUAAAAGUAGUUGAAGAGAAAAAUAAUAUUACGGAGCCGUCAUAGGAGGUGAGAGGUGAGAAAGGAGUCGAAAGUCUGAGGGCGAGGAGUGAGGAGCGAUGAACUUCAUGACCAAGCGGAGGAGCUCGCCUGGGCUGGCGCUGAGAGGAACACUCCUACUGAUGGUGUGUUGUGCACUGCAGGAGCCGUCUGCCGCCAAGGAGUGUGGAGAUGGAUUCUACAAAAUACCACGAGGAGUCUGCUGCCGGUUGUGCCCUGCAGGGACUUACAAGGUGAAGGACUGCAUAGCUGACGGAAGGAAGGCUUUGUGUGACCUGUGCUCUAAGGGCACUUAUAUGGACAGAGACAACCAGGAGGAGAAGUGCUCAUGGUGCAGCAGCUGUGGUUCAGGCGAGGAGGUGGCUGUGAACUGCUCCGUGGCCCAGGACACGGUGUGUCGGUGCAUGGAGAGGCUCAAGAGAGAUGGCGAUUCGGGAAUUUGUCUGCCUGAGGAGACACACUCAGACACCACAGUAGUCGUGUUGGUAACAAUCUUCGGCUUCGUCCUGACUGCACUCCUGGUGUACACAUUUUACUUAAACGUGAAACUGAAGGGGUCGACUUUUAAGAAGAUGUUGAAGCGAUCUGACACUCCUCCUACAAAUUAUGAGCAUGAUGAAAAUCUACCGCUUGUUCAUAUAAUGCGAAAUGAACACAAGGUGCCAUAUGGAGUUCAGAGGAGCAAUGAUAGCAGCGAUACAAUGCAACUCAUUCAAGAGAACAAAGAGAAUAUCAAGGCCUGGAUCGGAACGGAUCCCUCGGCUUUCCUGGAGCAUCUCAACGGCCUCAAUUUGAUUCCACGGCGUGUUCAUCAAGCGGCUGUCAACAAGGGCGGAGAGGAGAGUGUGGAGCUCGUGAUGGACCACUUCAUCAGCCAGGGAGAGUCGGGCUGUGAGAAACUGUGGGACGCCCUCUACUCUGUGAGGAAGCAAUACGUGCAGCUGUGGAAGUGGAUUCAGAAACACGGCGAGGCAUUGAGGGCCAUUCGAGAUAAGGAGUCGGAUCUGAAGCUGUGGAUUUCCAGAGACCCCAAUCAUCUUCUGCUGCAGCUGAUGAGCCGAGGACGAAUCUCGAACGAGCUCUUCACUGAAGCCAAGGGCAUCCGGGAUGGCGCGGAGGGCGCGCAGCUGCUGCUCAAAUACUUCAUAGAGAGAGGGAACGAUGACUGCCUCAAGCUUCUGUUUGCUCUGCAAGCCGUGCAGGACCGUUAUCCUGGAGUCAAGGAGUGGCUGGGAGGCCUUGGCUUCCUCAGGAGACUCUCCAACAAGUCCCACGUGGUUCUGAACAGCUACAGCGACUUUGUCCUCCGGGACAAAAUCCGCUUCAACACGAGGGAGCUGCUCAUGGCGCUGCGGGACGACCUGACGCCUCUGCUCUCCCAACUACAGAUCAGGAACAUACUCACCGACAACAGUGUGCGGGAAGUGAAAGGAAUGCAAGCUCGGCAAGGCAGCGAGAAGGCGACGCAGCACAUGGUGGAGUUGGUGAUGGCGAGGGGGCGACCCAGGGUCAAGCAAUUCUGGGAGGCGCUGUGGGACCUCAGGGAAAGUUACCCAGACCUGAAGGACAUCUUUGAUAAAUUCUAAUGGAUGGAACCAGAAAGAGAGGAAGACCUAACAGAGAAUGGCUUGACGACGACAUCAUAACGAGAUUGGUGCCAGAAAGAUGUGACCACUACUUGAGCAGAUUGACACUACAAGACAGAGAGAGGAAAUUGGAAACAACAAAUCUUGAUUCAAAGCUUUCGUGACGGCAGAAAUUCAUACUCUCUGGGUCUUUCGGUAAAGUCACGUAAAUAGAAUAAUAAUAUUUUUAUUCUAUCUACGUGACUUUACCGAAAGACCCGGAGAAAUAUAAUAAUAAUAUUUUUAUUCUAUCUACUUGACUUUACCGAAAGACCCAGAGAGUAUGAAUUUCUGCCGUCACGAAAUAGAAUAAUAAUACUUUUAUUCUAUCUACGUGACUUUACCGAAAGACCCAGAGAGUAUGGAAACAACAAAUCAUGAAAUGUGCAGAGGACCGCCUCCUACGACGGGGCUAUCUGUCCAUGGAUCAUGAUGAUGAUGUAUGAGUUGUGGUGCAGUGGUUAUCGCACUGCACUAACCAUGGUGGCCUAGUAUGCAGGAGGAUGAUGGUUCCAUCCGGACCCUGACGAUGCCUGCUGUUCUAUAUUUGUAGUUUCCCGUGUUGGAUUUUUAUCCCAGUUCACGUUUAUAAUUAACGUCACGCAUUAUUUGGCUCCUGCUAUAAAUUUCGACGUGAUAAUAUUAGCCUCUUCGUUGAGCUAACAUUUGUGGUAGCCAGAUUUUUUUCUGAAAAAGAGCUACACAGCUCAGUGGGGCCUUAACCUGGUAAAAUUAAAAUUAGUUUAGUAUUUUUUUGUCGUUAUAUAUGAUUGUUUGCUUAUAACUGUGAAGUAAUGUGUUCAACUAAAAGUGAGAUUUAUCUUACAUUAUUUAGAGUGACAUGGCUAUGGUACAGUCUAGCAAGGUAUUUAUUGGCACUCACCAACAAUCAUGAGAGGGAAUAUUUUUUAUGAAAUACUAGCUGUACUACCCGGCUUCGCCCGGGACUUGUAUCCACCACGGCCGGCCGCCUUUGUCUCCCCAGUGGCGAUGUUAAUACGCCACACCAGUUACUCGUUUUGCGGCUGAGUCCCUCCCUCACCACUCUCCCUCCCUCACCACUGUCCCUCCCUCAUCACUCUCCCUCCCUCACCGCUCUCCCUCCCUCACCACUCUCCCUCCCUCACCACUGUCCCUCCCUCACCACUCUCCCUCCCUCACCACUGUCCCUCCCUCACCACUCUCCCUCCCUCACCACUCUCCCCCCCUCACCACUCUCCUUCCCUCACCACUCACGCACGGCCGCCUUUGUCCCCCCAGUGGCGAUGUUAAUACGCCACACCAGUUACUCGUUUGAGGCUGAGUCGACCUAGGGGAGGUUCAAAUAAUCGUCACCGGUGGUGGCCGUGAGCGGGAAUGGAACUCGGUUCGCCGGGUUUGUAGCGCAGCGUAGCGUUAACCACUACACCCACCGCUCCUCACACACCACACACGCACAGACACACACACAGACACACACACAGACACACGCAGACACACACAGACAGAGAGACACACACACAGACAGCACGCUAACCACUACACUACCGCUCCCCACACACCACACACGCACACACACAGACACACACACAGACACACACACACAGACACACACACAGACACACACACACAGACACAGGCAGCACGCUAAGCACUACACUACCGUUCCUCCUACACAACACACGCGCGCGCGUACACAUACACGCGUUUGCUGCAGACACACACGACUUUCAGGGUGCGUACGGCAGUAAACGACUGAAAUAAUAAAACGGCAAUACUGCGCAAGGAACUCCUUAGACCUGCAACACAUUUGUGUAAUGUGAGCGUAAACACACAAAUACAUACAAACACAUACACAAU